AUGCUCUUGCCGCUGCUCGUCAGCAUCUCACUGCUUCAGGUAUGCUUUUCUUUUACUUUACUGUAUAGUUUUCUUCGAUUGAGUUUUCUUCGAUUUUUUUCUUCAUAUUUCUUCUCAUCCUUUUUUCCGUACUUUUCUCAUCUCUUCUAGAGAGCUACUUGAAUCGUUCACGGUAACUUGAGAGUCUAGAAGAAAGAAUAGCUAACUGUUCAGCCUUGGCGCCACUUUCCGCAUCUGUCAAGGUCUCAGCACCAUACUGAAAAGUUGAUUCUAAUCUUUUUUUUCGCGUUCUAGCGCAAAAGUCGUUGUCUUGAACCAUAUAAGGCUUUGGGAAGUGAGCGAUUUUCGUUUGUUUUUCAACCAGUCAGAAGGCAUUUUUGGAGAUUUAGCCCGAUUCAAAAUCCUCCGAGGCGUCGGACGUCUAAAAAUAAACACUGUAUGAAUUUUCGGCCCGGAUUUGGAAAUUGUUUGAAUGCGUGAUGUUGACACGUCUAGUAUAGCCGAAUCCCACUUCUAAAAACUCCUAACUGUGCACACGUAGCCACUUGAAACCUGUUUUUCUCCGAGCUCGCUAGUAUUUAUACUUUUUCACCUUGCCCUUGGCCACGCAAUCCAGAUUUUUUGAACUCUUGGAAACAUCGUCAAAUAAGGGCGAAAGACCCACUAUUGAUAUUACUUGAAAGUGUUCAAGAACUGGUUGUGUAGAUAUUUCAAAAGAUCAUUAAUUGCAACUGAAUGGUCUUCUAAAGUAUAUCACAAAAAAAUGACAACAACUUUUGGGAUACACCGGCAGCCGGCAACUUUUUUUUCUUCCCUUAAAGGUGUUGUUCUUACGAGAAAUGUUGAUGUGAACGGUCAAGAAUAGGAGAGAGAAAACUAAAUUGAUGAGCUAACUGAUGCGACCGACAACUUGUAGAACCUUUCUUUCCUUUCGCAACCGCUUUUCUCACAAGCCUACCAGUUUCUCGUUUCGAUAAAACCGAAGCAAAAGUUUAAAAGGAAAAAAAAAUGAUUGGCCGUCUGUAAAGCGGCAACUUUUUUCAUGCGACCCGCUUGAAACGCAAACACAAUAGCGAGGCAUCAGCUGUCAAGCGCUUCAGAAGGAAGCAAAGAAAAUCGUAUGCAUAUUCGUUUUUGGUUGCAGGGAGCGAACGCCUUUGUGCCUCUGUUCACAGCCGAAGAGCUGAGGUACACGUUUGGCGUGCAAAACGUUCAAGAUGGUAGAAAGUUCUUUGUAGAAUACAAAAAGCGAAGCUUUUUUAGUUCCACAACACGAGGAAAUCGACCCGCAGUUUGAGCAAAGUACGAACGGAACGCUCCUCAGAAUAUACUUCAAAGUUUGUGUUUGUUCUUAUUGUUGCGAUGUGACCAUGCUCCAUUUGAACUGAAUUCUUUUUUGAUCUGAAGGUUAACGGUCUCGGAAAUCGGUCACCUACUCAAAAUAAUUCCUAGUCUAUGAAAAAUUUUGGAGCUGUUUGCUAGUCUGAAUAAAAAAACUUAAUAAUUGGGAUAUUUCAUUAAAAUCUUCUAACUGAGAAAGAUUAUUCCUUUCUACAAACUUCACUUUUUUAUGAUGGUUUUUUUCCUUUUUUUUAUAUUAAUCAAGUCCAAAUUUUCAGGCUUUUGAGCGCGAGUAUAACCUCACAUUGGAGCCAACUCUGAACAAAUUGCUUGCUGAAACAGCCACUUUUGUUCACAAGGAUGAAAAGAAAGGAGGUAAGAAACUGGGUGGAAAAACUGCCUGCCACUAGACGCAAGCAAUCAUGGCAUGCCUUGAGUACACUUGACGAUACACACCACAUUAACCUACCUGAAAUGGUUCGGUUAUAGGAAGACUCGGAUUCGGAAGUGACCUGGCCAGUUGCCACUAUCACCAUUACUCGCAGUCAGUCCAUGCAGCCAUUAGCAAUUGCGACGGUCGCGUUGUGAGUUUCCAAAAGUCCUUGAAAAGACUCAAAAAGACAAAAAAAGCACUAAUUGAACCUUUGACUCUCUCUGAGGAACAACCCAUUAGGAAAAUUUAAUCCUUUGCACCCGAAGAUUUUCUUUUAUAGAAAGGAACGGUUAUUGACAAGCACGGCAUUCAUGUCAUUCAUCCUUUCCCGGAGCGUCAUGCGCACCGUUCGCGCCGCAGUACUGGUUUGCCGAAACUGUAAAUUGCGACUACUCCUUUUUUGUGUUCAGAAAAUGGCAUUCACGUGGUGUACAAACGAGAAACUAUCGGGGAUGCCGUACCCAACGACUUCUGCGGAUUGGACAAUGUCGUGACGGAGGAACAACUUAUUGAGGACGACAAUGCCAUUUUUGAAGACGUUUUCGUUUCUGGACAGCGUUUGACGCAAAUCAGCGAUUUGAUUGUGAAUAGAGACUUAAAGACUUGCCGAACUAGAAUAUUUUCAGGUUGAACUGGCCGUUUUUGUUGAUGAGAACCUUUGGAGACACUUCAGCAGCAAAUAUGGUGGAUACGCCGAAAGAAAACUUCAAGAUUAUACCAUGACAUUGCUGAACAACAUCCAGAUUAUGUAUUACCAGCCAACCGCCAGUCCUCCUCUUUCUUUCCGAGUCAUUCGGUACGAAGUCCUGAGAACUCAACCAGUGAGUUCCUAAUCGUUAAUUGAUGAACUUGAAUCCAAGUUUCUCCUUCUAUCUUAAUACUUGCUUGUACUUUUCCCUCAGCGGCAAUGACCGCAACAAUCCGCUAAUUGACCUUCUGUCUGUUGAUUCAAGAUGAAUCCGUUGAGAAAAAGCUUUGCAGGCAGCGCUGGCUGGUCACCUUCAUAGCCACGGGAACGCGCAGUUGUAUCUGGACAGAUUCUGCCGAUAUCAACGCAACUUGGCUGUCCGCGACUGGGAUCACGCCAUCAUGCUAACGGGGUAAAACAACGCUUUCUUAAUGGCUUUUCAAAACAUUGUUUGAAGAAAUCGAAAGUGCCGAGAAUGAAACAAAAAAAGCUUUGUAGGAUGCUAAACUUCACUCUGUAUAUUUUUUAUUGAAAAACAAUUCUCUUACAAAAAAUAUUUUUUUAUGAAAUUUUGUGCCUUAGAAGAACUCUGUUUUUCAUGUUUUGCUCUGAUCAAAACGCUAACAUUAUCAAAAAAAAGAUGCAGAACACUCAUCAAGUCUUUUUUUUAACGGAUAUUUCAUUUUUUAUUUUUUUCCAUUCAUUUCAAAUAAUGAAGAGCCGAAAUCCCAUUUCUUAGAAGUUAACUUCUUAACCCAAAAUUUUCAAAAGUUUUUGCUUCUUCCAGAUACGACAUUCAUCGUGGCGCGGGUUCACGGUCGAUAUCUGGAAUUGCUCGUCUGGACGGCAUGUGCGACCCCUGGAACACGUGCACUCUCGCCGAAGGUCUUGACUUCACGUCGGCAUUCAUCGGAACACAUGAACUCGGUCACAGGUUCUUUUUUUUCGAUUUCAAAUGCCGUCUCAAGGUGUUCACGCUGACUUUUUUCUUUUACCCGAUUAUCAUCAAACGACGCAGUUCUGUUCAGCGUGGGAAUGAGACACGACGAGCCGUACUGUCCGUCGAAACACAUCAUGUCGUCGUCUCUGGGUCCUGGCAAAGUGACUUGGUCGACGUGUUCCUUAAGGGACUACCAUCAGUUUUUGCAGCGGCUUGAGUAAGCCUUUCACUUUGAAUCUACGAUUUUUCUCAUUUUCUCCACAAGUUCCUUUUUAAUUGAGAUGAAUUUGAUCAUAUUGAACUUUUUCAGUGCCCGCGGCAAAAACUGCAUGCGUGUUUCUAAUAUGCCGACAAAACUGCAAAUUUCCGCGACGACAAAACCAGGUCAAAUCUAUGACGCGAAUCUCCAAUGUGAACUCAUGCAUGGUCCCGGCUACCAACAGGUUGAUACUUCAUAGGUUGAUUGUUUCGGUUGGAAAAAAGGAAAUUACUUCGUGAGAAAUCUCGGCCGAUUCGUUUCAAAGUCGUUGAAGAAUAGGACGGGAAAUCAUCGAUUUCAACCUGAGGGUGUCAGAAAAAUGAUCGGAAAGAGAAAAGAAGAGAUGGCGCGCAAGGUCCUGCGGUUUUGAGACGACAAACCACACAAGAGUGGCGAUGGCGCACUUCCGGCCAGCUACGCAUCUCUAGCGGUGAAACGAGACGCUGCAUUGCGAUUUUUCUUCGAAACAUAGAACGCUCGUCGAAGCAGAGAAAUUGGGGGUUCAAGCAAUUGGUCAAUCCGAACCAAUAUAACUUUGUUUGAUGACCCAUUAACUAAGUUAUCUUUUUAGGUUGGUCAAUCUUGAUCCCAUUAGAACUCUCUCCUUCUCUUUUCGAGUUAAUGGUUUUUUAAAAGUUUGAAGGAACAAAGUCAAUUAGGUUCAAGCAAAACCUGAAAAAAGAUUAAGAUUGCAUUGCUUACUGAGAAAAACGUUCUCAUUAAAAAGUGUUAUGGUUCAGGAGAGAAAUAAAUUGUGAAUUUCAAUAAAGAACUGAGAGUAACCUUAAUGGCGCAUAAGUUUCCACGUUUUCAGGUUACUCCGCGACAGGAUUCAUAUGACGGCAUCUGCUACAUGAUGUGGUGCGGACAGUCGUCCUUCGGAAGGAUCAUCACUUCUCAUCCUGCUUUAGAAGGUAAUUCCAGACUCAUUCUUCUGUCUUAUUUUUGUACUCUUGAAAUAAUUCACAGUUUUUUUGUUGAUUUAGAAAGCUUUCAUGAACAAAUUUUAACAACAAUGUCCGUCCUUACAGCUUUUGUUCAACGAAAUUUGAAAAAUUAGGAAAAAAGUGAAAGAAAAAAGAUUUCAUGUUUGGCUUUAUGACGCAUCUCUAAUUGACUUUUUUGUUUUGUGAGUCGUACUGGUGUUUCAUCCGAUUUUUAUUUAUUUGAGACAAAAUCGACCGGUUUUGAAGGUAACGUGGUUAAUUUCUUUCAAAAAAAAGCUUUCUGGACUCACGGGCUGUUUGAUCAUUUUUCAAAAAAGGCGAAAUAGAGUGUUUUUUUCUUUGGGAAGCGUUCCACUAUAAAAAAGUUGAGCCAAUUUUUUCCAAUGUUCAAGGAUUCAAGAGGGACAGCCAAAGCUUUGAAAAAAUUGUUUUCAUGAUUUUUGACGCACUCACGCAUUUUUUUUUGGUAAUAAUCUUCUCUAUAGAACCCGUAACUCAGGAAAAUCAAAAUGCAAAUUUUUCUACGGGCUAAAAUUGUUAUUUGUUCUUCAAUUUCACUUCUGUUUUAGUUUUCACUUAAAAAUUCUUCCAAGAUCUUUGCCAACCAUGUUUUUGCGAUAAAAUGGCUUCACGUUGAAAACCUCGAAAAACACAAAUAUUGAUAGGAACUUUCUGCGGGCCCAACAAGUGGUGUCAACUCGGAAGAUGCAUCCCAUGGUCGGGCGCGUCGGAAGUGACGCCUCCAUCCUUCACGACGCUUGCACCCAUCGCAACUACAGUACCAACGGUAUACGAAAACUGAGGAUACGUGAUAAAUUUUAUAUGUUUUAGAGGGUCGAUGGAGAAUGGUCUACGUGGACUUACACGAACUGCAACCAAUGCUCAUGCCCGAGUAUUGCAGGGGCCGUCGGCUUGUCUAUUUCCAAAAGGUACCUCUUAUCUCUUGAUUUAAAAUCUAAGAAAAUAUUCUUUUAAAACCCGGUUGAAUUGUUGUUUCAGAACUUGCUCGAACCCUUAUCCGGCUAACGGAGGCUCUGACUGUGUUGGAUCCGCAAGCCGUGCUGUUCUUUGCAGUCGACAGUGCAACCAAGCUUCUCAGUCUGUUGAUGACGUAUGUUUCGGCGUUUUUCCUUUCAUGGCCUUUCUUGUUCUCCGUUUUUUGUUUUCUUUGGAUUGCUUAUGCUUGUCUGAAAAGGUCAAAAAACUCUUUUUUUUUCUGAUUUUUUUCCAAAUAAUCCUUACUCUCUUGAACCAGUUUUGCAAUCAGUUAUUUAAAUGAUUUUCUCGAAUUUCUACCCAUUUCCGCUCUGAACUUUUUGAACCGUUUUCAGACUGUUCCCUCAUUGAGUUUUUAUUUUUAUUAUACCUCGUUGUUGCCUCGUUAACGCGGUCAAAAGUCAAACCGGGUCUUAAUUGUUCAAGUUGCGUUAAGCCCCGUUUUUCCGCACUCUAUCAAUGGGUCUCGUGUCCAAUUUCCGUUUGUUUUAAUGUUAACUUCAAAUUUGGAAGAAAAAGGUAUCGUUCUAGACACUGCUAAACCUGUUUGCCCACUCAACAGUUACAUUUUUUCUCAUUGACUUUUUUUUCCAGUACAUCAGCGAGAAGUGUACGGAGCAAAAAAGAGUGAAAAACGACCGCGAACUGACCGGAAGGGGAAGCCAGCUGAACCGGUACCCGCAGCGCGCCUGCAAGGUCUUUCUUUUAUUUACAACUCUGUUCAACUGGUCCUUGAAGAAUCUUGAGAACAAUAUGAGUCGAGAAAUUCUUUCUCGCAAUUUUCCAAAACCAGAGAAAUAUCUGAACAAUAAGGAAAAUAUUAAUGAGGAGAUAGAAAAUUUCAAAACCAUUCUGAAUUUUGAUUUGAAAAAUGAGUUUUCAGAUUUUCUGUGAUGUGCAGCAGCACUACGGUAGCCAGAGAAAUUAUCGCUUCUUUGGAGAUAAUUUGCCAGAUGGCACCAAUUGCGGUUUCGAGCGUUAUUGUUUGGAAGGAGAGUGCUUGGUAAGUAUGAAGAAAAUUGUCUUUUCAUUACACAACUGAGCAGAAAAAUUAACUACAACGAUGAAUUUUCCAGCCAUUGUCUUGCUCAAACAAGGCUCUGAUUGGACGCGACCAAGACUGUCCAGACGAGUCUUGCUCCGUUGCAGACAAGUCCUUCUCUUCAUUCACAGGAACUUGGGCUUCUUGGAGUUUGUGGUCAAGUUGUUCAGUGACGUGCGGUGGUGGCUAUCGAAAAAGGCAAGAAAACCAACAAAAACGUAGAUAAUGAUCGGAUCCAGAUCUCGUUUGUGUUCUGCGCGAGGGCAAUGCGAAGGCGCCGAAACGGAGACGGAAGUUUGUGCUUCAGAAAGUUGCCCGACCGUCAGCGCAAAAAUCAGCGAAUGGAGCUCAUGGACGGAAUGGAACCGAUGUUCAGUUUCUUGUGGUCGAGGCUCACAAGCCAGAUAUCGCAAAUGUCUCAGCCCUCAUCGGACUUUGGCUUUCGACUGUCCUGGUGAGAACGAAGUUCGAGAUGACCUCCGAAUAACAUUCUUCAAAGGUCCGCUUACUAACACUUUAACAAUUUUUACGUUGCUCCUCUGUCUUUUUGUCCGACUAAUCUUUUGUUUUCUUUUUGUUUGUCUGAGUUAUGAGCUUUUUUGUUGAAUUUUCUCAAACACUGUCCGUUCACAUUCAUUUUUCUCUUCUUUUUACCAAAUUGAAGGUCAAAAAUAUUUGUCAUGUAUUGGGGGGGGUUUUAUGAUUUUUUUAAAUAUUGGAGAGAGCAUAUUAGGAAAAAAGGAAUGAUGAAAAGUUUUAAAAUCGGGUUUUUUUCUAUCACAAACUAGAGGGAAUUCAUGUUAAAUUCAAAUUUCUCCCAUGUCUUCUCAAAUUAGUUAUGUAAAAUAUUUUCAAGUUUAUUCUGCUAAUAGAAAAAAUUCAUCACAAUAUGAAAUGCAUUUUUAAAAAAUUCUUUUCCACUCAAAUCAACGUCUAUUCAAAAAGGUGGUUUGCUCAAAACGAUCAAUAUUUUUUUAAAUGUAUGUUCAUUGAAUCUUUAUAUUUGAGUCUUUGUGUGCGUGUUCAACUUAUCUUUACCUUUGUAGUUUUUUUAAAAAUAUAUCUGAAAAUAAAAGCUCUUUUUUUAGACAAAAAAAUAUCGAAGUGAGAGCCUGUGACAACGGGCCAUGCAACGCGGUUGGAGUCUGGGGAAGCUGGGCCGACUGGAGCACUUGCUCGACUUCCUGUGGACCUGGAAUCCUUGUCCGACAAAGAACUUGUAACUUGGUUAGUAACUGAGGAUCACAACAAUAAACAGGAGAAAAUCAAAUUUUCAGGAACCAUGCGACGGUUCGGCUCAUGAGCGACGGUCUUGCAAUGUUGCCACUUGCCAGAACGAUGGAGUUUGGUCUUUGUGGAACGAGUGGAGCGAGUGCAGUCGAGUUUGUGGAAGAGGACUCAGGAGUAGAAGCCGGUUAGAAAAGUCCACCAACAAGUUUUGAAAGGGGAAUUGAAGGUCUUGCUUCGGCAGCGGCUGUUCUGGAGCGAGCAGCGAGCAGCAGUUCUGCAACGAAAAACCUUGUGCUCCAUCGCCUGGAGAUUGGGCUCAAUGGUCGACCUGGUCUCAGUGCUCGGUUUCCUGCGGCGCUGGAGUCAAACGAAGAACUAGAACUUGUAAAUCUGGCAACUGCCCUGGAAACUACAAGGAAUCUGCAAUUUGCAACGAUCGAGAAUGUGAAAAUCGGAACGCCGCUUGGGGAGGUGAGUAAAUGUUUCACUUGCUUUUUUUCCACCUUAAAUUUUUAAUCUAUUUCUCAAAAAGUUUAGAGAAAAACUGCCAGAGCUUCGCGCAACGAGUGAGUGUCUUUUUUAUAAAAAAAAAGUUGCCCUUUGUGUUUUUUCCCACUCUUCAAGUAACGCGUCAUUGAGUAAAGACGCUAAAAAGUUUGACUUUUCCUUGUCCCGAUUCCAGUCCUUUCAUGUUUACCCUCUAUCACGAAUUUCCAAAUCAUGUAAAACGAGAAAUGUUGCAGGUUGGGGCUACUGGUCGUCGUGUAGUGAAACUUGCGGCGACGGGGUCAGGAAAAGAGUUCGGAAGUGCUAUGGCAGCGGCCAAUGCGACGGUGCUCAGUACGAAAAACAAUAUUGUAAUUUAA